AUGGUGAAGAUAACUCUUGGUUCCUUUGAUGACUCUUUUAGCGUUGCCUCACUUAAGGCCUAUCUAUCAGAAUUUCAUGCCACUUUGAUUUUUGUGUUUGCUGGAGUUGGAUCAGCCAUUGCUUACAAUGAUCUAACAUCAGAUGCAGCUCUUGAUCCAGCUGGUCUAGUGGCAGUUGCUGUGGCUCAUGCAUUUGCGCUAUUUGUUGGUGUGUCCAUAGCAGCCAACAUCUCAGGCGGACAUUUGAACCCUGCUGUCACUUUUGGAUUAGCUAUUGGAGGCAACAUCACCAUCCUAACUGGACUCUUCUAUUGGAUUGCCCAAUUACUUGGCGCCAUCCUUGCAUCUCUCCUCCUCAGCUUCGUCACCGGAAAGAGUGUUCCAACUCAUGGAGUUGCUGCUGGAUUAAACCCUCUUGCAGGAUUAGUGUUUGAGGUUAUUAUUACAUUUGGGUUGGUUUACACUGUCUAUGCCACAGCAGCUGACCCCAAAAAGGGUUCAUUGGGCACCAUUGCACCUAUUGCAAUUGGGUUCAUUGUGGGUGCCAACAUCUUAGUGGCCGGUCCAUUCAGUGGCGGUUCAAUGAACCCGGCUCGCUCAUUCGGUCCAGCUGUGGUUAGUGGAAACUUUGCUGAUAACUGGAUCUACUGGGUUGGACCAUUGAUUGGAGGAGGCUUGGCUGGGUUGAUUUACGGUGACAUCUUUAUUGGUUCAUAUGCUCCAGCACCAGCAACUGAAGCAUACCCUUAA